UUCUCUUUCAGACCACGGCUCAGUUUCAUUGAAGUCAUUUCCGGCGUCGCUUUGCGCAGGCGUUGCCUUACUCUGUAGGGAGAUGGAUACCUCGGUGGGAGCUGAGACUCCGGAGGCAAAGGAAGGCCCCCGGCUCCGGCCCCAACUUCAACCCGGGCCUCAGUCUUCAGUGUGUCUCCUAGUGCUUGGGAUGGCGGGGUCCGGGAAGACGACCUUCGUACAGAGGCUCACGGGAUACCUUCACGGCCUGGGUUCGCCGCCCUACGUGAUCAACUUGGAUCCUGCGGUGCACGAGGUCCCCUUUCCAGCCAACAUUGAUAUUCGAGACACAGUGAAGUACAAGGAAGUCAUGAAACAAUAUGGACUUGGACCCAAUGGCGGCAUAGUGACCUCCCUUAAUCUCUUUGCUACCAGGUUUGAUCAGGUCAUGAAGUUUAUUGAGAAGUCCCAGAAUAUGUCUCAAUACGUUUUGAUUGAUACACCUGGACAGAUUGAGGUGUUCACUUGGUCAGCUUCUGGUACAAUUAUCACUGAAGCCUUGGCUUCCUCCUUUCCAACAAUUGUCAUUUAUGUAAUGGAUACAUCUAGAAGCACCAACCCUGUUACCUUCAUGUCCAACAUGUUGUAUGCAUGCAGUAUCCUGUAUAAAACCAAGUUGCCUUUCAUUGUGGUCAUGAACAAGACUGACAUCAUUGAUCACAGCUUUGCAGUGGAAUGGAUGCAGGAUUUUGAAACUUUCCAAGAUGCCUUAAAUCAAGAAACUACAUAUGUCAGUAAUCUGACUCGCUCUAUGAGUCUGGUGUUGGAUGAGUUUUAUAAUUCACUCAGAGUGGUAGGGGUGUCUGCUGUCCUGGGCACAGGCUUAGAAGAACUCUUUGUGCAAGUCUCUAGUGCCGUAGAAGAAUAUGAAAGGGAGUAUCGUCCUGAAUAUGAGCGUUUGAAGAAAACAUUGGCCCACACACAAAGCCAGCAGCAAAAAGAGCAACUGGAUCGGCUUCGAAAAGACAUGGGGCCUGUGGCCUUGGAUCCUGGGGCUGCCGCAGACAAUUCAGCUUCUGCAGUGACUCCUUCUGAUCUGAUUCUAACCCGAGGUACAGCAGAUGAGGAAGAAGAGGAUGAAGAUAGUGAUACAGAUGAUAUUGACCAUAAAGUUACAGAAGAAAGUCAUGAAGAACCAGCUUUCAAGAAUUUUAUGCAUGAAUCAGUUUCGUGGUACAAGAACAAAAGCAAUGAUAAAUAAAUUAAUAGGAGAGAUUAGUUAGGAAACUACUUGGGUUAUUUGAAAUCUUGAGUCCAGGAGAUCUGCAAGAGGAGACCUUUUGGCUUUGCAGUCAGUAUUCCUCAUUGUUGGGGAGACUUGGUGACCAGACAGACUCAGAAGAGAGAAGCUGGCAGCCUUGAGGUUUUUUUCUUUUUCUUUUAUUAUGUUAAACUCAAGUAUAUUUGCUGCUGGCAAAUAGAAAUUGACAGCUUACUCUUGGUUUUCUGCAUCCCUAUUGGAAGGCUGGUUUUGCAGCCAACACUUCUCCCUUUCUUUUUCUACACUCUUGACUGUAUGUGUCCCUUUCCCUGUGUGACAAGUGGUGCUGAGGGUGAAUCUUCACAAACCAGGAAUGUCAGUGGCUUCCCAUUCACCUUAUCAGUGUCUAGCAUUAUGUUAUUUAUAGGACCUCAAACCUGUUAAAAGAAAACAGGAAUGCUCUGUUAUGUUAGAAUUUGGAUAAAUAAUUUAUUUGACA